UUCUUCAUUUGCGCUAUUGCAUUAGCUGUGUGCAGACGUGUCGGCUGGUCAUUUUUUUACUUAUUUUCUUGGAUUUUUAUUUUUUUAUGUGGAAGUGUGACAAAAACAUGUUUUGAGUACCUAUAAUACCUAUUUUUUAAACCGUCAAAAUAUUUACUUGCCUUUUUUGUUUGUUUUUUUAUUGAAAUGCAACAGUAAAUGGGUGAACGCGAAAACUUUGUGUUUUAAAUAUGGAUGAACAAAGUGCAUUUAUUAACGAAGAAAUUGAUGCAAAAAAAAUGAAUGAAAAUGAAGAAGCAAAAUGGAAAGAGCUAAAAAAAAUAAGAAAUGAACGUCGAAGAAAAUAUUAUCACCGUAAGAAAUUAUUGGAGGAAAAUGGAAUAAGAAAAAAUAAAGAAAAAGUACAAAAAUCAAAUGCUGAACGUCAGAGGAAAUGUCGUCGACGUAAAUCAGGAGUACCUGACGUGGAUAUGAAAAAAGAAAAGUUGGACAGUGAUGCAAAUGUAUCUGAUGACAAUAAUAUAGAAGAAUUACCGCUACAAGAAAAUCAAUUUGACAGCCACCAAGUUCCAAUUCGUGAACAGCGUACUGAAAGCUUUACUCCUGAAGUCAUUAUACGCAUUAAUACAGGAAUUCUGAGCGAUGAAGCGUCCCGAAAAAAGAGGUCAUUGGAUGAGUUGGAUAGAUUCAAGAGGCGUCUUAUACGAGCCGUGGCUCGGCUUAUGAUUGACGAGAAGAAACCCGAGGAAGAAAUAUGGUCGCAACUGAAAAUAGAAACUGGCUCCAACUGCAAAUUACUAUGGACCCGGAUGAGAGCCCUAACAGAGAAAAAACUGGGUCACCUGCUAGAUGUGAACGAUCACACGGUGGCCAUACCCAAGCCGGCCAGGAUGUCUCUCACGGACUGGCUGCUGUUCGACCUCGUGCUCGUCCACCAGAAAAUAGAUCUUAUUGGACAGGAUAAGCCGCAUCGUCGUGAAGACCCCGAGGCUCUGGUGAAGCUGUUCGAGCUGGUGAAGAAGUUCAAGAUCGAGGGCAAGGCCGGAGACCACCUGGCCGAAGCCUGGUCGAACGCUACAAUUUAUUAUAAUAACAAAGGUCAUCAAUGUUCUCCCAUGCUGCUACAGCGCCGCUGGUACCAGCUGAAGGAGUUGACUCGCACCAAGUUCUAUAACUUCUGGUACGCUUACCGCGGGACUGUCAAGCGCCUAGCCCUGGCGGAGCCACAUACACCCACGCCGUUACAAGCUGCUAUUGCUCAACAGUAUAAACAUUUAGUGACAAGGCCGUUCCUAGAAUGGGAAGAGUUGAUUGAGAGGAGAUUAGUCACAUUACCCGAAGAGUUUGAACGACAAAUGCUUCAAAAGAGUGCACCUAGGUGUUACAUUAGAAAACUUUUAGAAGAUGGCCCAGAUCUGGAACUAAUAGAACCAAGAAUAGAAACGAUAGACCUCAGAAAUAUAGCAGAUGAAGAUAGCGAAGAUGAUGAGAAGGACCAAGCACAAGAUAUCUCGACGCCCACAGUCAAAAUAAAAGAAGAACCGCUCGACUCAGAGAUGGAUAUCGGAGAAAUACAGGUAGAAGCACCCAAAAAAUCCAUAUACGAUUCAGUUUUAGAAUCGACUGAUAUAGAAAAUGAAAAACUUGAAAGUAUGGACGCUAACGAUUUUGUUGAUGACGAUUUCGCCGCUGAUGACGAUUUAUUCAAAGAAGAAAAAGAAAUUGAGGAAACUAUAGCAACAACACUCGAUCAAGAGGAUUCAGUGUUGCCUCAAAUUACGAAUGUUUUUGGUAAUGUUAGUGACGCUAACGUGUUCAGUAAUAUGGAGACAGUGGAGCAAAGUGACGUUAAAGAUGUAAAUAUUGAUGAGAAUGCUACUGUUGCACAUACGAGUGUUAGUGAUAUCCUUCAAACUAGUUCCAAGGAUAAUAUUAUUGUGAAAACUCAAGAUAGUGAUAGUGUAGGCCUUGACGAAAAAGAUAAAGUUGGUAAUACCAACAACAGUAAAGAAGAGAUCGAAACUAAAGUUCCCGAUAGUAUUGAAGAUUCAGAUAAACUUGUUUCUACUACAGAAGAUAUACCCAAAGACAAUUUAGAUCCUAAAACAGAUGAUAAUGCAGAAGAUGUAGUUAUAAUUGACAACACUCCUGCUCCGGUCGUAAUCUCUGACUCAGAUGAUGAAGAAAAAUUUGAAAAGAGUGAUGAAAUCGUUGAUGAUAUAUUCUUACCUGUCCCUAGUGAACCCAUGGACAUUGAAAAGUAUACGUCAACUGACCCUGAAACUAAAGAUGACAUAAAUGUUAGUAAAGUUGCUCUAACUAGUCAAGACAAUGAAGAUAAAAAAUCAGAUAUACCUGGUUUCUCGUUUGGUCAACUGCCAAAUGAUAUUAGUUUUGCUGACGAAGGCAUCGUGUAUGUUGAGGAAGACGAAAAGAGAGCCAGCACUGACGCUGAAGAUUUGCCGAAGAUAGACCCGAAGCUGCUGAUGUUCCCCAUCGUGUACACCACCAGGUUAGACCACAUGGCUCUCACACAGUUCCAACACAUUAACGACAAAACAUUGAUAGAAACCAUUGCAACCAAAAGUAAACCUAUUAAGCUAGAACCUCAGACUAGUAACCCAGACGAAGAAAUUGUAGCAGAAACUAGUAGACCGGUUAAACAAGAACCGCAGCCACUAGACGAAAAUGCCACUGUAGCCGAAAGCGAAUCAGUAGAAACUAAACCAGACACUGACAUCCCACCAGACGACAGUGACUCAGAUGACGAUAAGAUUCCAGAUAGCAAAAAAGUUAAACCGUCCAGCCAUCUACUACAAAAACCUAGAAGUCGCACCUACAAUCCUAUACAACUUUGUAAAAAUCCCGACUUCAAUACCAGGCUUAAGUGGCUGACAGUAGGAUUCUUCACCAUACCCCGUAACCGCGGACUGAUCAAAACUUGCAAGCCCUUGACUAUAGAUGUCAGCAAAGCUUUUGAAUCUAAACUUAUUGAGGGCAGGCUGUAUCUAAAGCCAAGUGAUGUUAAUAUCAAGACGGAAGAUCCAGUCAAGGUAGAGGAAGAGAGUAUCCAAAGUGUCACAGUCUUGCCUUCCGCUAUGCCCGCACAGAGUCUCAUAAAUAAUUCCAAAAUCCCAGACAUUCCUGCGCCUUCACCAAGUUACUUCUACAAACCGACCCCCGAGGUAGCAUCAUGUAGUGGCACUAAUGAAAGAAAUAAAGUGAUAAAUCUACCAGACAUUUCGGAGAUACGGCGCAUCAACCAACGACUGCUGACGGCUGAGGUAACACCCAUACAAGUGCAAAACAAUCAGCCACAAGUACCGGUCUCUAUUGUCACGUCUCCUAACACACAAAGAAGUAUUACUAAAGUAACUGUACCUAUACCUGGAACAAAUACACAAUUAUUAAAUGAAGCUAACUACGUCAGAGGUCCGCCUAAAUGUGUCGACAUUACUGAAGACGUGCCUAAUAAAACAAUCAAACACUUUGCGACAGGAAGUGAUUUCCUCAUGGCGAAAGGGCCAAGUCGGGCAAACGCUAAAAACAAGUAUCCUGUAAGACCAGCAACUGCGGCAUGGAAACCACGGACAUUGAAAGAAAAAAUACCAUGGCUUGAUAAAAAGACCGACCACUCUAAUUAUAGCAAAAUGAUGGAGGAAACACUCUUGACCUUGGAUACUCUCAACAAAAUGUUGUUUCUUCUCAUAGAAAAAGAGGAGGAACCUCCUGCUUCAAACGAGAAAAAAAAUAAAAAUAAUAAAAAAAGUGAUAAAAGUCAGCAAAAUGAUCAAAGUAAAUCAAGGAAUGAUGUGACAGAUGACAAUAAUUCAUCGAAGAACCUUUCGGAAACAGCUAACAAGAGUUACCCUAACAAAGUAAAAUUCAAAGUUAGAUCUGCGGAACCGAGAGCUCACCCGAAAAGUACAGUAGAUAAAAAACCUGAACCGAAUAAAAAGCAACUUCAAUUUUGUUGUUGGAGUCGACAAAGAAUGCUGGACUUGUUAUUUUCUAAAAGGCAAAGACCCCCACACGAUUGUCCUACAAACCAAUGUAGAUGUUGCUGCCAACAUAUGCUAAAGGAUUAUAUGAAGCGGGCUAUGCAGAUGAAAGAAUCAAGCGAGGCAAAUGUGGAUGUAAUGACAUAUUUGUCAUCAACCGUUCGUAAAGUCAAUGACAACGAUGAAAGUUCAGUGACCGUCCCCGUAAAAGUGGUCGUCCAUUUUCCUCCUACGCAUCAUUCACCGUGUAUAGCCGUCGAAGAACUUACUAUCUCUAAUGAAACAUCUGAGUCUGUUCCUGCAACAGAAAUUGACACAUCCGAAGUUUCGACUACAGUAGUGCCUCAAGAUGCGGCUAUGGUAACUUCUACAGAAGCGACCGCAGAAACUAGUACAGUAGUGAACUCAGAAAGUAGUACAAUAGAUAGUUCAGAAACUAGUACAAUAGUUAGCUCAGUAACUAGUAUAUUAGCGAGUCCAGUAACUAGCACAGAAGUGAGGCCAGAACUAACCCCCGAAGUGAGGCCCGUACCAACCCUCGAAGUGACGCCUAUUACUGUAGCAGUGCCGUCCGUGAGUCUAGUAGCACCUCCUAAUCUGACCGUACGUGGGAUAGAAACUCCAGUGAUGGUAUCUUCCGGUGAUGGAAUAUCUAAUCCCUCUAGGCUCUCCCGUCGUACUAGUGCUGAUAAUCAAAUAAAACGAAAAAUAUUAAUUCCGCUUGACCAUGAAUCAAACCCGUCAAUUAAGGUUCUUCCUGCGCCUACCGAUCCUCCACCUAAGAAUGAUUUGAAGCCAAGAAGGUAUGUAAUACAGAAAACACUACGAAAAAAGACUGCGGCCCCAAUUAUUAAAUCUAACAUCACUAGUAAACCUAGCACUUUGCCACAUGUACUACCAAAAAAAGAAAAGAUGAUAUUCAUAAACAGCAAACACCUAAUCGAUAAGCCAACAGAGUGCCCAGUAUUAUUGGGAAAAAAUAAAAUAUUACUGACCACAGUAAAAUUUCCUCAUAAUUUAAAACAAUUUGAAGAGACUAAAUUGGCUUUAGGUCCAUCGCUUAAAAUACCAAAAGGGUUACAGUUAACUUGUCUAAGUGAUGGUACAAUAUCCUACAGUAUAGAUAAAAACGUUCCCGUUAAGGUACAGGACCUAGCUGAGAUGCCAGCGAUCAUAGCGGCAGUAAGAGCUCACAUGGACCUGCAUAGUCAACCAGUUCCCGCGAAUAACCAGCCCAGUGUCGCGGAAGCGGAAGUGGUCGAUCUCAUCGAUGACGACGACGAUAACGAUAUUGCUAAAUCUACUACUGAACAUAAUAAAAAUAACGAGUCCUCGCCUGUCACUGAAGAACGGAACGAAAUAAAUACAAAUAAUCAGAAUGUUGUUACCGGCGAGAUAAGUUUUAUUGAUAUGCAGGAGGGAGCAGUCAAACAAUUGAGUGAUAUUAAAGAAUCUUUGCCUUCAGCAGAAGUACAAGACCAGCCGAAUACAUCAGGUCUUGAAUACAAUCAAUUCGAAUCGACAACUCAAAAUAUAAGUACUGAAGUGCAACAACCUUUAUUGGAGCAAGUUAACGAACAACCUGAGCCAUUAACCCAAAAGGAAGCCAUCGAAGUGAGCAACCAGGUUGAGCCGGCAACCCAACCUGAGCUGGCAAACCAACCUGAAUCGGCAAAUCAACCCGAGCCGGCGAACCACCCUGAGCCGGCAAACAAACCUGACGAGCUGGCAAAUCAAUCUGAGCCGGCAAACAAACCUGACGCGUCGGCAAAUCAACCUGAGCCGGCAAAUCAACCUGAGCCGGCAUAUCAACCUGAGCCGGCAAACAAACCUGAGCCGGCAAACAAGCCUGACGCGUCGGCAAAUCAACCUGAGCCGGCAAAUCAACCCGAGCCGGCAAACCAACCUGAGCCGGCAAACCAAGACAACAGUGCCGUCACAGAUAUAGAUAGCGCAAGUUUGCCCUGCAUGAACAAAAGUAAAAAUAUACUAUCAGAUCUAAUGGAGAUGUCCGGAAUAUUUGAUGAAGACAUGUCGACCACGGCACCACCCGUGGAACCAGUUCAGGAACAACCUGUUUUGCCACAAAUCUCCGUAGAAACGUCAACAUCAGAGCCACCUAAAAUUGUGGUGCAACCAGACUUGGAUAAAGGCACUACUUCAGUACCUGUGAUAAAAACGGCAGUUGGCGAACUAUCCCCCAUCUCAUCGUUGUACGAACUGAAAUAUGCGUGCUUGAACAAGGGAACAUUCUUCAAACUAGAUUUCAGCACUGGAUAUCUUGUACCCAUAAAUGUUUGUAUGAAGCAAAACGUUAGACAAGUUCCACUGGUACUGCCAAAGAUUGCUCCAAAGUCUGUGAUCGAUCUUACUGAUGAAGAUGAUGCUUUGCCGGUAUCAUCAGAAGCACCAAACCAACACACCGAAGAUGUUCAGAUUUUACCCAGUAACGUUGGUACCGCCGAAGAUGUUCAGAUGUUACCCAGUACCUCCAGUAGAUCACUGUUAAUCGCCCGUGAACCACCGAAAGCAAAUAAAGGACCCGAAGUCAAACCAGUCAAGUUGUACAAAGCACCUAACAUAUUGCGUAUACUAGGUAAAGCUAAAAUGAAAAGAAAGCUAGCACAAGAAGAAGAACAAAAAAAUAAAAGAAAUGAACCAAAACUUUAUCACAAACUGAAACAAAAGCAAGCAUAUAAGAUACCAGAAGAUACAACCAAGGAAACGUCACCUGUGCUUGAAACCGCCACUGUUUUGUCCGAUGAUUCGUCUGACGAAGAACCUCUUUCUAACAUUGUGAAAAGGAGGAAAGCAAAUGAAGCUGAACUUGAGAAAGCGAAGUCAAAUGAACCUGAACAAAGUAAUGAAACUGAAUUAGAGUUUACAGACUAUUUAGACGAAGUUACUGAAGAUUUUGAAAUGAGUGAUUUAACAUCGAAGGAGACGUUAAUAGAAGUUGAUAUGGAUGAGAGUAAUGAUGAAGAAGAAGGUUGUAUAUUAGGUGUUUAAUCUCAAGUAAACUUUCAACUUUUUCAUAACUCGUGCGAAUAAUUUUGUAUAUAUAUUUCAUAUAUUGAUAUCCAAUUCAAAUUAUUGAAGCUAUUUAACUUUAACGACCGCUAUAUGACUUCAGUGGCGAUUUGAGUUAACUGCGACAUAUGAUCAUCCUGGAGAGUCUGAAGUUAGAUUAGUUAAGACCUAUAUUUUAAUUUGUCAACUAACUUUAGACUGACCAAGCUACAAGGUAGUGUGUGAGCUAUCAUUUAAUGUAGAAUCUAACUUAAGAUAAGCACUAAAUCGUUUUAUGUAAAUUAUUAGCAAAUAAACAGUGUGUCCUUACUUAUUGUUUGCUAAUAAGUAACAUGUUAAUGUUCUCCGCAGGUAGGAGUAGUGAGUAACUUUUAUUAUACAUAUAAAUGAAACCAAGUCUUUGUCACCUUUUCUCAAAAUGAAUAUUGUCAACGAAUUGUUUGCAGAGAAUGAAAAAAAAUUUUUUCACUCAUUUGGCACGUAAGGUUGACCAGUAUUUAUUGAUAGUGAAAAGGUGGAACUAGCAAUUACAAUUUUACCUUGAUGUUGAAUCUAAUGCGAUGUAAUCCAUAGAUUUACUGUGAUAUUAUUUUAGGAGACUCGUAUUAUUAGGUAAGGUAAGGUCAAAUAAAUAUUCUAAUUUCUUGCUCAGCUAUAGGUUUUGUAAUUCAGUAACUUUAUAUGUUACGUAAUUGUUAUCUAUACUUGUCGAUACAAUGUUUAAGUUGGAAAAGUCGAAAAAAAAAUCAUGCAAUUUCCAGGGAUUCUUUUGUGAAUAUUUUAUAAUAUUGUUUUGGUUGAUGUUGGUGCGGUGUACACAUCCGUACGGACACAGUUAAAAGAUUUUAUUUUAAAAUUGCAGACAUUUAAUUGAUAUGAAUGUACAGAUUUGGGAAAUGCAAAUUCUUAUUUGUGUGUUAGGUAGAUAGUUAAUAAUUAUUUGUGUGUGUGGAUAUUAUUGUGAAAUAUGCGAUGCCUGCCAUCCGCCAAGGUACCAACGUUAUAGAUAUCUACCUGUCAAGUUGAUGUUUUCAUAUUUAUUACUUUAACCGUCAGUUGCUCAAAGCUCCAUUAAAGUUAAAGCUUCUUUAAAUCUAUUGCUGUCUCUUUCUUUGUCAACAAGAUAAAAAGUGUCAGCAAUAGAUUUAAAGAAGCUUUAACUUUAAUGGAGCUUCGUGCAACUGACGGUAUGCUAAGAACAUUAAUAAUUCAAUAAAUGUUGUAAUGAUAACAUUGGUAAUUCUUUAUGCGUUUAGUUGCUAGCAUGUUUAAAUGCUAUAAAGAGGAUAGCAUCACACAGGUCGUGUUCUACUUCACAUCACAAAUUCAUUUUUAAUAAAAAUGUUAAUAAAUAAAUACUGAUUGAUAUAAA